AUGCCGUUACAGUCAAGGCAAAAAGGUGGCAAUGAUCAGCUCACGCAAGAAAACAGUGAUAAUGAAUGUGAAUUACCUAGUAGCAGAUGGCUUUCCAAAGACGAUGCCGAAUUAUUGGUCUCGAUGUGUCUGCCAUGCAACAAUGCCUUUUAUAAACUACAACAAUCCUUACAAACACAAAAAUGGAACUCUCUCUUGAAGACCACAUUCACUAUGCCUUGUCUUGUACUUCGAUACUGCUUUUCCGCCAUUGACCAUAUCAAAACUUUUUACAACAUUAACAAACCACCUCUGCCUACUGAGACUAUCAUGGAUAUUAUCAAAAUUAUUCAAGAGGUUCUGGACGGCACCGUCCUGUUCUUCAUCAGAGCUAGAACUACUGUCUCUCAGUGUAUCUCAUAA